AUGACAGACCUCAAUAAAGAACUCCUUGACAAGGCACUUGAACGAGUGAGGGAAGUUGUAUCAAACGUUCCCAUAAAUCUUGAGACUCGUGUCGUAGACGUGUCGAGCAAGUCCGAAGUCGAGCAGGCCGUCAAUCACCUAGAUAGCUGGGGCGGCCUCGAAGUCAUCCUCAACAACGCCGGCGUCAUGCACCCCCGUGACGGCGACACGCAUGAGUGCUCUGCCGAGGUCUGGAACAAGACGUUUGAUAUCAACGUUAAGGGAGUCUGCGUCAUCAACACAGCUAGCAUGGUCGCCAUCGUCGGAUCGGCCACGCCGCAGUUGGCGUACACCGCGAGCAAGGGCGCGGUGAUGGCCCACCUCGGGAGUUACCGCUUCAACACCAUUUGUCUGGCGCCGUUGAAGUAUGUUAUUCCACCCCUUCCCUUCGCACGGAAGAAUUCGAACGGCUGCCACGGCACUCCCAUGCUCCAGGACUUCCUGGGUGACGACCGUGCCAAGCGGUUCCAGGUGUAG